UUGUCAUUCAUUUUUACAUUUAGAUUUAAUAGUAUUUAAUAUGUUGGUUUUAUAAAUAGCAAGUGUGAAAAAUGUUACAGCUGAAAACACUCUUUUAUAUUCCUUUAACUCUGUCCAUAAAAGUAUCAAAAUAUCGGUAUAAAUAUCAAAUGGACCAGCCUGGAUUGAUAGGGGAGAUAACUCAACUUGAUGAUGUGGACCAUGUGAAGAAGUUUUUAAAAAUUCUGGUUGGUAAGAUGGUGUGUUAGAGGAUUAUGGGUAAGAAAGAUGCAGCUGGAGUAAGGGCAGGUCCAGUAGACCAGUAUAGGAAACAGAUAGGAAAACAAGAUUAUAAGAAAAGUAAAAAAGAACUAAAGAGUCAGAAACAAAGAGCAGACAAGAAGAAUUCCGCCAUUGGUGUGAAGGAGGUUAUACUAGUACUUCUUGCAUUUCUAGCAGUGAUGGUAGCAGUUUAUGCAUUUCUUUUCUGGCAGCUCUCUGGUAAAGAUGAACAGUGA